UCUAAAGGAAAAUAAUUUUAACAAGAAGAACAAGUGGAUACGAACUUGUUGAAACAGACGCUGAGCAAAAAUCGUAUAAAAAGCAAGAAAAAUUAGCUAAAUUAUCAUUCAAGUUUAUUCGUUCUGAGUUAACAAUCGAACCAUCUAAAACAUCAUGAAAAACCUUCCAACUUUAAUCGCAAUUGCGACUCUUGCUAUAGCUCUAUCGAUAAGUGUUGAUGCUAAUACUGUGAAAAGAUCAUAUCCUAACAGUAAUGGAAUGUUUGGGAUGUCUAUGAAAUUUCCAAACUGGUUUGGUAAAAAACCCAGCUCUAAAGUAGCAUCAUCUUCUGAUUCAUCAGCCCAAUCUUCAUCUCAAAGCUCUUCAUCAACAUCUUCAUCUACCGAUUCUGAUACGAACAACAAAUCUACCUCUAAUGGUGCUUUAUCAUCUUCUGAUGAUGGCACAGGUUCAUCAUCAUCAACUGGCUCAUCCGCUGCUGCUGCCUCAUCUUCAAAUACUGGCUCAGGAUCAUCUGCUCAAACUAGCAAAUCAGGAACAGGAUCAGGAUCAGGAUCAGGAUCAUCUGCUGCUUCAACUGCUGCUGCCUCAGGUGCCUCAGGUGCAUCAGGUUCAUCAGGUUCAGGAUCAUCAGGUUCAGCUUCAGACUCAAGUUCAACAUCAAGCUCAGAUAGCUCUGCUUCACAAGGACCAAAUUCACAAGGUAAUAAUAAUGGAUCAUCAUCUGCUGCUGCUGCUUCCGCUGCCGCCGCUGCUGCCGCUGCUGCUGCCUCAUCUUCAAAUACUGGCUCAGGAUCAUCUGCUCAAACUAGCAAAUCAGGAACAGGAUCAGGAUCAGGAUCAGGAUCAUCUGGCACUGGUUCAUCAUCAUCAUCAACUGGCUCAUCUGCUGCUUCAACUGCUGCUGCUGCUGCUGCCUCAGGUGCAUCAGGUUCAUCAGGUUCAGCUUCAGACUCAAGUUCAACAUCAAGCUCAGAUAACUCUGCUUCACAAGGACCAAAUUCACAAGGUAAUAAUAAUGGAUCAUCAUCAUCUGCUGCUGCUGCUUCCGCUGCCGCUGCUGCCUCAUCUUCAAAUACUGGCUCAGGAUCAUCUGCUCAAACUAGCAAAUCAGGAACAGGAUCAGGAUCAGGAUCAGGAUCAUCUGGCACUGGUUCAUCAUCAUCAUCAACUGGCUCAUCUGCUUCAACUGCUGCUGCCUCAGGUUGUUUCAAAAUUGCUACUACUCGAUCAACGUCUAGAACUAGUAAAGGACAAGGUUCAUUUGUGUUAUAUAAACAGGGCAGAAAAGAAGUAGGUUACAUAAUGGAAUUAAGUGAUACUGCUAAAGCGGAAGUAACUCAAAUAGUAAAAGAUCUUAUCUCAGAGUUUACAACAACAUUACUUCCAACAUUGCAGUCAAGGUCAGAAGAAACAAAUACAACCCAACAACAACCAUCAAUGGCUAAUGGUAGUCUCAUUAAUACAAGUUUCAUGCCUGAUACAACUCAAGCUGCUCCUAAUCCAGUUAGAAGAAAUCUAUUCAGUUGUGGUAGUCCUCCGAAAUUCUCUGGUAAACAAAGUGAAGCUGCAGCCUGGCUGAGAAAAUAUGAACAGACAUGUGUACUUAAUGGUCUAACCGGCGAUGAAUUGUUACAUGGAGUGGGUUGGUGUUUGGAUGGCAUGGCCUCAGAUUGGUUUUGGGGAAGGAUCGUUAACCAGAAUAGAACUCUAACAUGGGUUGAGUUUCGUGCUGAAUUCUGUUCGACCUUCAUCAAUGACGAAGAAAAAUCACGCUUGUUAAAUUCAAUUUGUACUAAAAUACAAAAACCAGAUGAGUCAUUGAGUAGUUAUGUAUACUCAAUGUUGUCAAUGUGUAGUGAAUAUGAUCCUUCAAUGGAAGAAUCUAACUUAAUUAACUACAUGACUCAAGUAGGACCACAAGGACUCCAAGGUUUAUUUGAGUUCACUCGAAUGCCAUUCGGCCUGAAAAAUGCUCCAGCAACAGCCGUUCGUACGAUUAAUGGUAUACUUGGUGGUUUAAAUUAUGUUGAUUGCUUUGUAUAUUUCGACGAUAUAAUAAUCUUUGGACGAACUCAAGAAGAGCACGAUUACAGAUUAAGAUUAGUACUUCAACGCUUAAAACAGCAUGAUGUUAAAUUACGUCGUCAUAAAUGUACAUUCUCAGUCAAUGAAAUAAUUUACCUUGGUCACAAAGUUAAUCAAGAUGGUAUCGUACCUGAUCCUAGUAGAGCCGCAUCUAUACUUUGUAUUCAACCGCCGACAAAUAUUCAUGAGAUGAGACGAUUCUUAGGCCUCGCCACAACGUACCGUAGGUUCAUCGAUGGUUUCUCAAGGAGAGCCUUUCAUCUCAACCGAUUACUAAAGAAAAAUGUUCCAUAUGUUUGGACUGAAGAUCAACAGAACGCAUUUGAUGAUCUUAAACAAGCUUUAGUAUCUCCACCAGUUCUCUCACCUAUAACAGAUGAAGGUGAGAUUGAAUUAAGAACCGAUGCUUCAAAUGAAGGACUUGGAGCUUGUCUACUUCAGAAACAAAAUGAUGAAUUCAAGCCGAUAUCAUUCAUCAGCCGAACAUUGAAUCCAGCUGAGAAAAAUUAUGGUGUUACUGAAAAAGAGUGUUUAGCUAUUGUAUGGGCAAUAGCGAAUCUGAGACACUAUUUAUUCGGACGCAAAUUCACCGUAAUCACGGAUCAUUGUGGACUCUGUUGUUUCAGAAGUGUAAAAGAUCCAACAGUAAUUAACAUGAAAGGACCAGCACGAACACAAGUUGUACAUGUUGAACGUUUAAAACCAUUCACAACACGAAGUUGA